GUUAUGCAGGUAUGUGCGCUUUGCUAGUAAGUUCCACUAUGCUGUUAAAAAGAAACGAAAAAAACACACACAACUACUACAUACGCCUUCUUUAAACUCUGCCACCAGAGGAAGCUUUUCUUUUCAUAACCAUUUACCCCCUAUUAUAAUAUAACUAGACCAUGGAUGGAGAACUGAGACCUUUGAGAACCGAUGAUUAUGAUCCUUCAUACGAUAUUAAUAACCUAUCGAACUAUGAUUUCGAAAAGUUGACCUUGAUCAAAUUGGAAGUCGAGUCUGAGCUCCACAUAUUAGCUAAACGGCUAGAGGCUAACAAGGCCGAUAUGCAAACUCCACUAUUGUCAUCCGAUGGUUUCCCACGUUCCGAUAUUGACGUUGUGGAAGUGAGGACGACAAGGGUUAAGAUUAUCAAAUUGAAAAACGAUUUAAGAUCAGUGAUGGAAGAAAUAAGUUCAAGGUUAUUAUCACAGUUUCAAACAAACGCCUUUUGUAAGACCUUGGAAAUAUCUCAAGAGAAACCUGUACCGUUUGCCAUUAUAACUGAAGUCGUCUCCAAUAGUCCCGCGGAAUUCUCUGGUCUAAAAGUACAAGACAAGGUUGUAAGAUUUGGUGAUAUCGACGCUACUAACCAUAAUGAUUUGAGAAAUAUUGCCCCUUUGGUGAAGAAUAAGAGUUCAAUUGAUAUAUUGAUUCUAAGGGAACUCGAACAGAUUAGUAUUUCACUGACCCCAUCUUCAAAUUGGCCUGGACAGGGACUCUUGGGUUGUCGCUUGAACCAAAUUAGAUAGCUCGUUCGAUAUUUCUUUUUAAUAUGAUUUUAACCACCAUGCAAUGUAGAAGUAAAUGCUAUCACAUCACCAGCUUCCAGCUCGUACUCUUCUUCUCCUUCUAGCUCCCAGUCCGUGUCGUUGAUCAAAGUCAAAAUACCGGGACGUCUUGUU